GUUUGUAAAUUUUAAUUUUUUAUAAUUUUUAAAUAUGGAUAUCUGUAAGUUUUUUCGUCAACAACAAAAAGAAAAAGAUAUAGAUGUUGCUCUUGCUAGUAAAAAUCAGCCAUCAGUUGAGUUGGUUUUCGUUGUAUCCUCAGAUGACGAAGAAAGACCAGACAUACCAUUACCACUCCAUGGGAAAACCAAUGAUGAGUUAGCUACAAAAUCAUCUGGAAAAUCAUCAAAUGAUGAAACACCACACCGUUCUCAAAAAGAUGUUUCACUUUACUUAAAUUUUCAUUUUAAAAAUGAUAAUGAAAAAUUGUUAGCUGUUGAAAAUAUUUGGAUACCUGACAAAUGUUAUAAAUUUCCAUUGCCCUUGGGCAAAAGAAAUUUAACCUUUCAAGCAUCCUGGCUUAACAAAUAUAAGUGGCUUGCUUACUCAGCCGAUGAAAAGGGCGCAUUUUGUAAAGUUUGCGUCAUAUUUUCCCCAAGAUAUGCUGGAAAUGGGUUACAAAAACUCAAAACAUUGGUAAGUCAAGUGUACACAAGAUGGAAAGAUGCGCUCGAAAAUUUUAAUUAUCAUCAAAAAAAUAAAUAUCAUCUUAAUUCCUGUGAGAUAAUGGAUUCUUUAAAAGAAAUCUCAAUGAAUCAAAAGAUAUCAAUAUCCAAUGUAUUGAAUAAAAAAAAUUUUGAUAUUGUUACAAAAAAUCGAUCAAGAAUAAUUAUAAUUAUUGAUGUUAUCAUUUGGUUAGGGAGGCAGGCUUGGCGAAAUUUCAAGGAAUUAUUGAAAUUUUUAUGUAAUAAUAAUGACAACUACCUAAAGCUUUUUGAAAGCUCCUCUAAAAAUGCUACUUACCUAAGUCCCACUAUUCAAAAUGAAAUAAUAUCAAUAUGCAAUCAGUUUAUAUUAAAGGAAGUUUCUUCAAAAGUCAAAGCAUCACCAUUUUUUAGUGUUUUGGCGGAUGAAACUUCCGAUAUUGGUAAUAUUGAACAACUAUCCAUAGCAAUAAGGUUUAUUGAUAUGGAAUCAGGUAAUUAUAAAAUGAAGGAACUAUUUGUUCAAUUUAUUGAAUUACCUGACACUAAGUCAGAAACGAUUGCUAAUCAAAUUAUUAAAUCACUUCAAAACCUGGAUUUAAAUUUAAAUCUACUGAGAGGCCAAGGGUACGAUGGAGCUCCCUCGAUGAGUGGCCAUGUUAAAGGGGUCCAGUCAAGAAUUAGAGAGCUUUAUAGCACAGCUCUUUAUGUUCACUGCAGUUCACAUUGCCUGAAUUUGAUGAUAACUGAGGCAUGUGAAAUUAGAGACAUCCGGAACAGUUUACGUAAAAAGAUUUUGAUUUAA